GUCAGUAUUUGGCAGGCUCGUCUCCGGAGGGUGUGUGAGAGACUCGCUAAGCAACGACCUGCGAACGGGCAUCAGAGCCAGUCCCAGCUCCAAAACAGGAACCGCUUUCUUUUCGAGUGCCUUUGCAAUGUUCUCGACGAUAUCUCUACGUCGCCUGCUUUGAUUUCGUCGACGUUGCCGUCUGUCCAGGCGUCGGCUAUCGAAACUAACCAGGAAAUUGAUGCGUCUUGCUGCGCGUUCCUGUUUGUUUUGACCUGUGUAGCUAGAAGGGAAUCCUGCUAGAGGGAUUUGCGGUCCGUCAAUGAGGAACUACCGGCUCAUCUUCUGCCACAACCUGAAGCAGCCAUAGAUGGUUCAGUGGUUCACUGGCUAGGGGAGGAGCGGAUAGGACACACUUUCACUGCUACACGACGUAAGGUCUUGGCGUGGUUGUUCUUAGGAGGAGGAGGAGGAGGCCAUGAGGAAGAGCGUGUCACCGUUGCCAGGCAACGAGGGCGGGAGCGCAGCUAGCACCACACGGGUUUUUGGCGUUCCUUUGGAGGAGGUGACACGCACACACACAAUCAGUGGCCAUGAGGUUCCUGCACUAGUGAAACACAUCGUUGACUACAUUGAGGAGCAUGGUCAUCUGGACCUGGAGGGACUCUUCCUGGUUAAUGGAAAUGCAGAGAGGGUGGAUUGGCUCCGUCAGUGCUAUGACCGAGGUGAAGAGGUGGAGCUGGAGAAGGAGGCAGACCUGGCGUCAGCGGUCAGUUUGCUCCGACUCUUCCUGCAGGAGCUUCCUGAGCCUGUAAUCCCCACAGCAAUACAGGGACACAUACUACAGCUGCACCAAGACUACAGCAAUGAAGAGGAGCUGUAUAGAAACCUGAAGUACCUGCUGCAGCAGCUCCCCCAGCUGAACUAUGGCCUGCUUCGUUUUUUGUGCCGCUUUCUGGCCAGCGUGGCUUCACUUCAGCAGGAGAGCUGGAACAUCGGAACACUGGCCGCCGUCUUUGGACCAGACAUCUUCCAUCUGUCGACAGAAGGAGAGGACCUCCGGGACCAGGAGUCUGUCAGCAGAAUCCUGGUUGAGCUGUUGGACAACCAGGAGGGUCUCUUUGACUCAGAUGACGAAGACGUCUCCACCACUAACGACUAUAGCUCUAUCAAUGAACAAAUCACAGAGCUGUUGGAUGAUGAGAAGUGUGAGGCAGAAUGCGAAGAGCUGCCUCAAGACGGCGAGGAGUGUCCCUCCUCCUCCGACUCAGUGCAGUGCACAAAUACUGACGGGAGCUCUGCAGCCAGCUCCCACCUCUCUCCUAUAUCCAUCCUGCCUGCUGACUCUGCUGAGAUAAUUCAAAGAACCAUUAGAGCUGCAGUGGAGCAUCACUUCUUUGAGCUAAAAACCCCCAUUGACCAAGACCUCAGCAGCUUCGACAGCCAGCGGGUAAGUCCCAGUGAGCCUGCAGAUGAGCGUUGCCAUGGAGACCAGGAGCAUCAAACUGACCCUGAGGACUGUCCCUGUGACACCAAAGGGGAGAUUCUGCUAACACAGAAUGAAAGUCAGACCGACUCACGAGAUUCGUUGGACUCUGGUGCCGCCCUGCAGGAGAGCGUAAGAAUGGACCUGGAUGGAGAGACGGUCAGAGACGCUGAGAACAACAUCAACAAUGAGAGGCAGGAGAAUCAAACUGACUCUAUGGAACAGAUUCAAAUUAUAACAUGCGACUCGGGUCAGUGCCGCUGUGAUCAGAACGCCAACACCAGCAAGACCAACAGGAACCAGUUGUCGCCAUGCCAACCAUCCUCUGGCCAUAACCCCCACCUCCAGCUUUUCCCUGACAACCAAUGGGACGCGUCACCCCCCUCCCAUCUCCAUCUCCCUCCCAUAGAUUUCUCAUGUAUGCAUCUGCAAAAAGAAGGCCAAGACCCGGUCCCUGCUUUCAAAUCCUGGCAGGAUGAUAACGAGAAUGGGGAGGCGCAGCUUUCUCCUCUGGCCGGCCGCAUGGUUCCUCUGCCCCUGCUUCCCUUGGAGGAGCACGACGAAGAGGAUGAGGGAGGAGCAGGACAGGAUGCCUCCCCGUCCUCUUCUCGCUCCCACCCCCACCUUUUGGCUCGUCGCUUUCUUGAUUUCGGAGCUCACAGCUCCCAAAGGUUCCUUCUGCAGGACCCAGAGGCCACAUCACCCACCAAAACGCAGAGGCCUCGGCGGGCGUCAUUCGGCUCCAAAGAGGCGAUGAGAGGAGGCGAUUCAGUGACUCAUCAACUCACCAAGAAGCUUCAGCACCUGAAGAAGAAAAUCAAACAGUAUGAAGAGCAGUUUGAAAAAGAGAUGAACUACAAGCCCUCUCAUGGAGACAAAGCAUCAAACCCAAAGGUCCUAAAGUGGAUGACUGACCUCACAAAGAUCCGCAGGCAGAUUAAAGGACGCCAGCACCACCUUUUACCCAGAAGCACGUUGAGGCACCAGGCUUUGCUCCAUUCACACAGACGCCACCAUGCUCCCUCCUCCCCUUCUGCCUCCUCCUCCUCUAUCUGCUCACCUCCCCAUCACACACUCACCCCCCCGCUCCACCCCUACUCAGGCCUGAGCUCUAGACUGUUUCACCUCAAUGCCAAACACCGCACGGAAUCUGAGCUUGGCCCCCAGACUCGCCCUCGGAGUAACACCUUGCCCAAGAGCUUCGGCUCCAUGCUGGAUCAUGGUUCUUAUAAUACAGAGGUCAAGGAGUCGCAUCCCACUAAGGAGGAAACACUGGAGCUGAUUCAGCGCAGGGUCAAAGGGAAGAGGCAGGAGGAUGGCUGGCCUGAUGACAUUAAGAAGAUGACCAAAGAGCAGUUGUCCUGCGAGAAGACAGUGCUACAGAAGAACCUGCUGCACUAUGAAGACUUGCACGGUCGACCUGUGACCAGAGAGGAGCGUCUGGUGGUAAAACCUCUCUAUGAUCGCUACAGAUUGGUCAAACAGAUGCUCACUAGAGUCAGCAUCACACCUGUCACAGUGUCCCCCUCUAGUAAGAGAAGGAGCCAGACCCUCCAGCCAAUCAUUGAGGGUGAAACUGCUCAUUUCUGGGAGGAAAUCAGAGAAGAGGAGGAAGAUGAGCGUAAGGACAAAGAGGAGGAGGGGGAAGAGGAGGAAGAGGAGGAGGACGAGGAGGAGGGAGAGAGCAGCGGUGGAGAAAUGCAGAGCUCUGAGGUUAUUAUGGCCCUCGACCUAGUGACCCAGAUGGACGAGCCAACGAAGAGUCAAAACCAGUCUGAAACACAGAACGACUGUUCAAUGAGAGCCAAGCUGGAGGAGGGGUCAGGAAGGCUGGCACUGGACCUGAGACUCUCCAGCUCCAACGCCUCGUCCAUGCCAGAGCUGCUGGAACAGCUCUGGAAAGCCAGAGCAGAGAAGAAGAAACUUCGGAAGUCUAUCAGAGAGUUUGAGGAGGAUUUCUAUCAGCACAGUGGAAGAAAUGUUCAGAAGGAGGACCGGGUGCCGAUGCUGGAGGAGUACAGAGCGUACAAGAGGAUCAAGGCCAAACUGCGCCUCCUGGAAGUCCUCAUCAGUAAACAGGACUCAUCCAAAUCCAUCUAGAACCGCCGUCAGUCUGUGACAUCAUCAAGUCUGUGGGAGGAGCAACAAACCCAACAGCGACCACAUCACAUCAACAUCAAAGGGGAGUCAGACUUCAAACCCGCCCCCCGGUGCGCUGCAGUCGUGUCAUGGAGAGAUCUGAAUUAGACCCAACCUGAAAUUCAGGAUUCAAAUUUAAUGCAAACCUUUAAAAUACAAGUUCCCAGUGAAUUGAAGAAGUGCUCGAGCCAAACUCGUUUGGGUUUGAUUGCUUGCAGCAGAACAACACAAAUGCAGGCAAUUAGUACAUUUAAUUUAAUACAUGGCACAUUUUAACAAACAGGCCUGGCUUUUAAAUUCAUUGUCACCUGAGGCGAAAACAAAUCACUGAACAGGUUUUAAGACUUUUGAUCUCAAAACAUUAUUAAUAUCAUUCAGUCAUUUAUUCAUAUCAGGAUUGAAGUCAGCUACGGCACUGAUCACAGCCUUUAGCAAAGCUCAGUAUACUUUACUUCAUACAUGACAAGAGUCAUUCAGUUAUUUUGCAUGAUGUGAAUCCAGCAGCUUCACCCUCCAAAAAAACCCGACCAUUUCCUGCUGCCUCAUCUGGAAACACACCUGCAGGUUAAAAGCAGAGGAAUCAUCAGCAUCGCCUUUUUCUCGCGACUGGACUCUUACUUUGUUCUUCCCUCGUCUGAGGAAAGCAGAUGUUUAGACUUUUUUCCAUUUAAACACUUCUGUUCUUUGUGUUCUUCCCUCUCACUGGGGGAUUUACUGGACAGCUCGAGGACUGGCAUUUUACACUGUUGGGACUGUCUGGCCUCGCGUCUGGGAGACGAGUCUUUAAAGGCCGAUUAUUUGAUGACGCCACAUCCUCACAUCCCAGAUGCUUCACUGACAGAUUUUAACAUUCAUUCAGUGAGUUUAUAAAACUGUGUGUUGUUUUAAAAGACAAGACAAGUUUGACUUUGGAGCUAUUGUUUAGACCGAUUAUGGUUUUCAGUUUCAUUUCUUUCCUUUUUUUUUCUACGUUGGUGAUAUUUGAAACGAGGAUGUUUUAAUGUGAGUCUACGCUUGUUCCUGAGCUUUGUGCUUUUAAAGCGACCUGAGCGAGAUGUCAGCUGUACUUACAGGCAGCAUUAGGCCGAAGGGGCUCAAGCGGUGCUACGCUGCUGAGUAGAUUUUAUUUUGAAGGUGGUUUUGACAUUUUGAGGUUCUUGUUUUUCAGCUUUUAGUUCACGCGUUUGUUUUGCUGCGUGACGACGUGGCAGGUUUUCAGAUUAGUAAACACUAAGAGGAGCCAGGACCUGCGGUUGCAGGCUUCGACCCGGUCGGGUGUCAGCUCAGCUCAGCUGGCAGCUCCUGGGGAUAGUUACUGGCUGUUGGUGAAAACAGCCUCAUGUUUGAGGCCGAUUGGCUGUCGAGGUGCCACGUUUGCGAGCACUGAUUUAAAAAACCAAUCUGGUUAACUGGUUUAGUCUGAUGCCACAGUCCUGUUUACGGGAGUGGUGGUUCUCGUUUCCUGCUGGCAGGUAAAAUGAGCUGAAGAGAAGAAGAAAGUCCAGUUUGAGAUUCAAAACAUUCUUCCUUGUAGAGACCAAGGGACAGAGCGUUUGCUUGACUUUUAGUCAGUCAGCUAGUGGACAGCUGUUUUAGGAUGUAGAAGCCACUGACACACGAUAAAAGACGAGUGCUUUUGUGCUGUGUAGAUGAUUUGACCCGCCGCGAUGGAAGCCGGCUGUAGCAAAAAAAGAUGAUGGUUCAGAAUUGAAGUUUGGGACAAGCUUAAAGAUUAGACGCCAUGUUUGAAGGAUGCAAUGGGGUGUGUUUGAUAUUUAAAAAAAAUGUUAGAUGCUUAAAAAAAAAAAGAAGUUAUUUGCACAGCAUUCAGAGGAUGCAGCCCUUUGUGUUUGUCCAUUUGUUUCUCUAAGAAUGAAGCACUACUUCUAUACAAAUAUAAAUAUGUACUGUACAUAAAAUUAAAAACACCCAAAGGAAUUAACAAAACAAAAUGUAAGUUAUUUCAACCUUUACUUUCAGCCCCUUUGAAUCAUUACAUUUGUGACAUUGUGGUGACGCGUUUCAUUUUUAUUAUAACUAUUGCUAUUCUAACCAUUAUUCUGUAUGAUAGUGACAAUAAUAAUCAUUUUGUAUCUACUCGCCAAUUGUAGACGCUAGUCUGGCACUGUGUGUGCGUGUGUGCGUGCGUGUGUGUGUGUGUGGCUACUCAAACACGCUGCGUGUAACACGUUAACCUAGCAGCAGUACUGUAGUGGGCUUGCAUGGCAUCAAGAACAUAAUGAGAAAUAUGAUGUAUUGUUUCUAUUUGUGCCAUGAAGAUGCCGCAAUAAUAAACGUUUGUGGGGGUUUUACAGUAUAAGGUCGCGAGUGAUCGGUUGGACUACUUUCACACUGCUUAAACGGUUUUUACUACUGUUGUCAGCACAAUGUUCACUUCGGCACUGCAGAAAAUAAAUAUUAUUAUGAAUAAGUUCAAUAGGAAGGGGAACGAAGAUCUGAAAAACCAUGUGCUGCAUCUGAAACAUUCCAGUUCUCAUCGUUACCCAAAAGAUGGAAACUACACAUUUUAGUUUUUACAGCGUAAACAGACCUUGGUUUCCUACAAACCUCCUCCCUCUAGUUUAUUGUGCCUACAACAUAGUGGUGUCUUCUGUCUGUGUCCAGUGCGUCUCACCUGGGAUUCGUGGCGGACGUCUGUCUGUCAAAGACGUGUCACCGGUCACAGCCUCCUGUGAACGUUGGAGAGGUUUUAGUUUGGUCCAAACAGCAACACAGGAGAUUCAGUUUACAUGUUAAGAAUCUACAAGGGGAUUUUAUUUGGCUCCAGUCUUGACUGGGUUUCGGUGCUUCACGUCUUUGACACAGAGUUUUGCAGUAAAGUUAGAGGAAGCAGAUUCAGACCUUUUCCUCUUCCAGUCGAUCUACAUGAUACGGUUUUAUCAGAUCAAUACUGUACAUAAGUAUGUGUCUGUAAAUGUUUUCUGACUCUGUGAAUGUUUCUUCAUUAACAAACUGGAUGAGUAACAAACAUUUACACAUGAAAAUAAAAUACAAGCUUGCCUCCC